UACAUCGUUGGCUUCUCAAGCGCAGGGAGGGAGAUGGCAGUGGAGGAGAAGGGCAAAGGAAGUGAGAGAUGGAGCGGAGCCACAACCAAUCUGACGGAGAUGGCUUCGAAUCUGGAGUCACUCCAGAAGCUACUCCUCAAGAAAGCAGUCUUUGUCGACGAAGAGACCUUUGCCAAAGCCUCCCUCAGCUCCGAACAAGCCCGUACCAUCAAGGUUCUUGAGCAAAGGGUAGAGACUUUGGAAAGAGAACUUGAUGCUGCCAUUACAGCUGCUGCUCGUGCUCGUUCUGAGAAACGACAGGCUGAAGCAGGUCAGAAAGCUGCUGAAUUACAUGCACAAGAGAUCACGAGAGAGCUUGAGAACACCACAAAGGUGUUUGAGCUGCAUAUGGAAGAGUUGCGUGCAAAACAGGAGGAAAUCGCGAAGCGGGAUAAGGAAAUUAAAGUCCUAGAAGCGAUUAUUCAAACACUUGGUGGAAAAGAGUCGCGUUCUACAAAAGGGUAAAGGCGGGCCCUUCAGAGCACGAUUGAGAUUCACAUUAAUUACAUGUUUGAAUUACUAGCAAUUUGGACAAGUGAUGUGAGAUAACUCAUAUGCAACCUACCUGCUCAAAUAAAUUUUGGACUGCUCGACCACCUAUCCGAGCAUGUAAGUCCCAUAUGGAGUCUCUCAUAUUACCUGCUCAAAUUGCUAGCAAUUUGGACAGAUAAUUAUCGUAAAUCUUUAUCCGAGCAGUAUAUUUUGUAUGACAUAUCUUUGUCAAUUCAAGAUAUAAGAACGGUUGAGCAUCUGCAUUCUUUAAUAUGCUAGUUGCUUUGUUUUCACAGGAAUUAUUUAUAUGCUGUAAUUUGAUAAUGGGUUGAAUUCUAGAUGAAAGGGUGACUCGUUGAAUUGGCUGGAAGUGUAUAUUUCAUGUUCAUAUCA